GUUCAUUUGGGUUUGUUAAAACGAAAAUCCCAACUGACGCUUCUAGACGCCAUAGCGGUGAUUUAGUAAUAUUUUGCGAUUUUUGGUAAUAUUUCGUGUUGGCGCGUGAAAUGGAAAGUGAACAUGUAAUAGACGAAGAUUCACACGACUCGGAAAUAAACAUCAUUCCCGUACAAUUGGUGGAUUCUUACAAACAUAGAGCAUCUUACGAAGGCGUUUCUAUAUCUCCUACGAACAGUUCGAAUAUUGUUAGGGGAAAAUAUUACAAACAAACCUAUCGGCCGGCAUGGGAGGAAAUGCCUGAUUUCAAAGGUUGGCUUAGGGGAGUAGAAGGAGAACCGACAAGAGCUUAUUGCACUUAUUGCCAAAAAACACUGCACGCUCACCGUUUAAGUCUUCUAAAACACACCUGCACACUUCGACAUCAAAAAGCAGCUCAAAUAUACAACUCCAGAAAGAACAAAGAUCAUACAGCGAUGGAGCAAGAAAUACAUACCGUAUUGCUUAAGCAUGACGGCGUUAUAAAUCAUGAGGAGAUUGAAGGUGAAAGUGAAACAAUCGUAGAAUAUGCAGAAGCUGGUUUGGAAGAGCAAGACAUCGAACAUGAAGAACAUGAAGAGGAAGAUGAGGAAUCUGUACAUUUAGAAGUACGCUUAGAUAAUCAGGCUCAUAUGCAGAAACCACCGAUUUCCACCCACGUAUUGGAUACCACUUUGGGAGUCCCAGUUUCUGGACUUCAAGUGAGUCUUUAUAAAUUAAUCGACGGAAGGUGGACUUACAUUAAUGAAGGUGUUACAAAUUCUGCUGGAAGAUUCUCUCAAUUUAUGGAGAGAACCGAUUUUACUCCUGGACGUUACAAGUUGCAUUACGAUGUCGACAGAUAUUUUGAAUCCAGGAAACAGGUCUCAUUGUAUCCGUUUAUUGAGAUUGUUUUUGACAGUGCCAUGUACUCUGAUCAUUACCAUAUUCCAAUGCUUUUGAGUCCAUUUGGAUACACCACAUACAGGGGAUCAUAAAUUUUGAGUCUGACUUAAAAAAUAUGCUUACAUUUUUCAAAUUACUGUUAUUAAGCAUAUGUUAAUUAAAAUUGUUAUUAAAUAACUCAAUUUUGUAUUAUUUGCCAUUUAUUGAAUUUGUUAUUAAAUAGGUUUCUUUUUUUGUAUAAUGUUAGUAUUUAUAAUAUAUUUAGAGUUAUUAUUGUGAGGUAUAAUUUAGAUUUAAUCUGUAUGACGAGAUAAUUUUGUAAAUA